CACCCUACAGGAACCAUGGUGUCGAAGGCAUCGCUCUCGCGGCCGACUACGCGUCAGAAGCGUCAUCAUUCCGGACUGACUACCAUGGCGUCGAAGCGUGCGCAAGACACCGGUGACACGUCGAGUGCUGAGAAAGAGGCUGAAAAGCCGGUCAGAAUUGACAAGUGGGACGGGUCUGCUGUGCGAAAUGCCCUAGACGACGCAGUGAAGAAAGUACUGACCGAAAAGUAUGGCUACGUGGAAAACCACCGGCUGACCGACGGCCGACUGGCCAUCUGUAGCAUCGCCGUUGGAGCUGCGAUGUUCGCGCUGUUGUGGGACUUUCUGUACCCGUUUCCCGAGUCGAGAACGGUCCUCAUUGCCUGCGUGCUCUCCUACUUUUUCCUAAUGGGCGUCCUGACGCUGUACACUACCUUCCUCGAGAAAGGCAUCUUCCUCGUGGCGCUGCAAAAAGACAAAACCGGCUUCGACCCCGACAGUGUCUGGACGGUGAGUUCGUCGCUGAAGCGCUUCGACCACAUUUAUCAUCUGCAGAUUCAUUACAAGGACGGAAAAACGAAAAAGACGCGCGAGGCCAAACUUGAGAAGUCAAUCGCCAGCUGGUUCGACGAAAACGGCACCCUGGUCGGCGACCUCUUCGAUCCUGAGGUGUGCAAGCUUCACAACAGCCUGCUGAGCGAGAAGAAGGAAAAGUGAACUGUUGUUCAUAUAUAAGGCACUGUUACUGUUCCUUGUGGUGUUUGGGUGAAGCGGGGUCCGGGAUAUUUUUUUUCUAAGGUAAUAAAAUAAUCGUCGUAACAUGUUAA